GCAAGGUUAAUAAAGUGAGUACCACGUUGUGAUGAGGUCAAGUCUUUGCUCUAUGGAUAAACUAGGCAAUGUGUCAGGGUCACUUGUCCAUACUUCACCACGCCGGUCAGUGCGCGUUGGUGGAGAGGGGAGGGGGGAGAUCAGGAACGGUUCUUGGCACACUGCCCAUUGAUGUUAGCCGUGUUUGGGAAUUGAACUCGAGUGACCGCUCAACUCCAUUUGCGUUAUUGCUGUUUAAGAUCAGUGCUGUGUACUGACGUUCAUUGUAAUUGAGGUAUAUUAGUGGAAACAUGACUUUGAGUGUAUAUAGGGCCUCGAUUGGUGUGUAGAGAUCUCGAUCGGUGCGUAUCGGCCUGUGGGGUUGUGUUGCAGCUGUUUGCGGCAUUAUUUGUGGGGGGGACCCGGGCCGGUCCCUGCCGCCUCAUGGAACUCUUCUCAGUCACACAGACAACAACAACAACAACAACCGCCAUUGGCCACUCGGUGGCGGUGACGUCACCACGACGCUUGUGCCAGGCUAAGUGCACCUUGAGGCCACGUGAAGUGUCGAACGCCAGCUGGCAGGAGGUCACGGCGCAGACCCAGCAGGUGCCACGGGUCGACUGACUGAGAUGACCGAGAUGACUGGCUGAUGCACCACCUGUGCCCCCUACUGUGCCAACUUGCUGUGCUUUAGCCACCCGGCGCUCCGCUCGUUGUUGUGAGCGUCGCUCCUCCGCCCUCCGUUGUUGCUGGAGGGCGACUGCCUCCAACUGCCCAGUAGCAGCGUCCUUCACGAGCCUCCUCCACUGAGGCCGAUCUUGACACCGCUGGUACCGGUCAUCGGCAAGUCCACUCAGCUCCACGUCCUCCUGUACCACAUCACUCCAUCUCUUCUGUAGCCCGUGCCGCGCCCGUUUAUCCCCCUCGAUCCGGCCAAACAAAAGCUGUUUAGGCAUGCGGUGGCUGGGCAUGCGGGCUACAUGACCCAGCCAACGCAGCCUUGCCUGCCAGAGGAGCUCACCGAUGGGACUUUGCCCAGAUCUUUCAAGGAUUUGUGAGCUCCUCACACAAUCCAGCCUGGUUAAACCCAGGAUGGAUCGUAGGCAGGCCAGCCUAAAUGUUUCCAACCACACACACAUGCCCAUUGAUACACUGACGCACACUCUCACAUACACAGACACUGACACACACACUCACACACAUUCCCAUUGAUACACUGACACACUCGCACACACACUCACACACACAGACACUGACGCACACACACACAGACACUGACACACACACUCACACACACAGACACUGACGCACACACUCACACACAGACACUGACGCACACACGUACACACUCACGGGUUUCGCGCUCUGUGCCUGCCGGGCACCACCCGCGUUACCCCCCCUCGGGGUGACAGCGACGGGGACGUCGCCCAGUUUCUCUCACGCCGCCGAGUGAUUCCACAGGUCACACCCAGAGGAGCGUCACCCGGAGUCUCAGGGGACAUGGCCCGGCUCCCCCUGCUCCUCCUGCUCCCCCUGCUCCCCCUGCUCCCCCUGGCCGCCUGCGCCACCCCCGAGCCGGGGUCGAGGCUGGGACCCGGAGUGAAUGGUGGUUUCGGGUGCCUGGGCUGCGUGAUCGCGGUGGGCAUGGUGCAGCAGUUGUCAGAGAUUCACAACGACUCCAUCUCGAGCGCCAUGGCGAGGGUGUGUGGGGUGCUACCUGAGACCCACAACUUCCGAGCCUCGUGCCAGAUCCUGCUCCAGGUGUUCGGGCCAAGCAUCAAAUGGAUGUUGAACACGGAGGUCACGCCGGACGUGGUGUGCCACGCGCUCGCCUUGUGCCGGCGGGACCCUGGAGAGGCGUUCUGCCACGUGUUCCCUCUGCCCAGGGGAGGCCUGCACCAGGCCGUGGAGGUGGCGAGACGACUGGCGCCCGGCUCCCCCGUGCCGGAGAAAUUCCUGGAGCUGUCGGGAAUCUGCUCCCUCCCCAAGAUCCGAGAUCUCUGCAAGCUCAUUCGGAGGUCCUGGUCUCAUCACAUCCCAGCUCAAGAUGGUGAUGGGGACCUCUUCAGCACCGUCCCUGUGUUCCGCGGCUCCCACUGGCGCGGGAGAGACUGUGUGGACCGCAGCGCAGACGUGCACCCCGGCCGCAGGCCAAGAAACCAGGACGCCUUCGAGGACUCGAACUGCAACGGCAUCUGGGGGGUGGACCCGGCAGACGGCGUCGCUUACGAGAAGAAGUUCUGCGAAAGUUCUCGGCCGCGUGGCCUCGUGCUCCUGGGGGACUCGGCCGGAGCCCAUUUCCACAUCCCUGCCGCGUGGAUGACCGGGGAACUCCUCUCCCCCGAGGCGUUCUCAAACCUCCCCGUUGCCCUCGCUAACGAGCUGGACUGGCCACAGCUCUCGGCCUUCACAGGCUUCAUGAACUCCAGCUGGGCCUCCAUAACGUCCCCCACGGACUCGUUGUACCUGCGGCUGAGGGAGAGGAACCGGUGCAACCACAGAGACCUCCAGAACCUUGCGGUGAACGGAGCCGCGUCCUCCACCGCCAAGGACUCCCUGACGAGCUUCUCCCGGAACGAGAGCGACCACCCGGCCCUCCUCGUCUACUCGUUCAUCGGCAACGACGUCUGCAACAACGCCCGGGACACGGUGGCUGCGAUGACGACGCCGGAGGAGAUGCGAGAGAACGCCCUGGCCGCCCUCGCGGCCCUCGACAAGGCCCUGCCGCCCGGGAGCCACGUCCUCCUCACCGGCCUGGCCGACGGCCGCUUCCUGUGGGACCACCUGCACGGUCGCCUGCACCCCGUCGGGCUGUGGAACGGCGACGUCACCUACGCCGAUGCCUACGCCUUCCUCGACUGCCUGCAGCUCAGCCCCUGCGCCGGGUGGAUGAGCGCCAACGUGUCCCUGCGUGACGCCACCUCCGAGAGAGCGCAGCAGCUGUCGUCGGUGUUGGAGAAGAUUUCCGCAACUCGCAGCUUCAGCAACUUCGACGCUCACUACGUGGAGUACCCACUCGCCAAGAUGGCCGAGGAAUGGGUGCGGAGGGGCGGGGAGGCCUGGCAGCUCAUCGAGGCCGUCGACGGAUUCCACCCCGACCAGACGGCCCUGGCGCUGAUGGCCGGCAUCCUGUGGGACGAGAUCACGCAGCGCUGGCCCGACGUCCUGGGCCCCGAGAACCCUCACAACGCCGACAUCGCCCGCGUGUUUGGCGACCAGGGUGGCCACUGAGCCACCGCGUGAGCCAACGCGGCGGAGCUGCACGCGAUUCACGGUCUCUCAAUUCCACGAUCGACGACCUCCACGUGGAGCCACCCUGGAACCCCAGGCAAUCGGGGUUUACUCCCACGCGGCUUCACAAAAGGAGGACGGCUGUCCUUGGCUGAGAUUGAUUUAUACAUUUUAAUAACUAUCAGUAAGCCUUACAUUUAAAAUAGGAUCAGGAAGUGGCCUACAUGAUGACAGCAUGCCUCCUGCUCUGAGCUUUGUCUCAUUGGUAUAACUGAUCGCUCAUAAUUCUUUCAUUGAUUUAACCUCUGGUGUGAUUCUCUUGGUUCACCAUGAUUGGCCAAAAAAGCCUAUAAAUCGUCCGGUGCAAGUUAAGUGAAUUUGUGUGACCAGGUGAUAACUCAAGAGACCGGGAUGCGUCUCAUUUACAAGGAUGACCUGGUGGGACAGAAAAGGAGGAAGGCAGCGAGGUAUUGCAGCCUACGGCCAUCGUCGGGAUGCGCUAGUAUGAGUCCGUCAGCAUUUUCUGCUUCUGCACCGCCCGGAAGCUGGCAUCAUCGGAACGAUUACCGAGAAUGACGCCGGUAGAAGUAUGGUCGCCGGUACUCCUCGAGCAUCACCGUCAUGGUUGCCGUGUGUCCAUCCUCCCAGCUGGGCUGCUGUCAACUUUGUGUCCGUUGGAGCCGGCGGUGACACAGCGUCCCACCACCGUGUUGCAGCCACUUCCAUGCGUCGGCCUGGCCGCCCACCGCCGGCACGCUCGGCACCGCCACCGCAAAACACAGACGUGAAAACGACCGCCCAGCAGAUGUGUCCUCAAACGCAGGGCGAGGCCUCUCCGGGCAAAUGCGAACUAUGCGAGGAAUGCCGUGCGGUUCACGACGGGCAGAGGUCGCGGGCCAUUAACAGCAGCACUUUGAACCCAGCACCGCCCCCGUCCCACGCGGCCGUUAACGCAGAACCCGUAAAUGCAGAACCGCUAACGACCACUUCCAAGAAAGAGGGGGGCCGUUUCCUCCUGGUGUGAUUAGAUGGGGUGGGGGGUGGGAGGCUGUAAAGGGAGCGCCUAACUUCUGCUGAAUUGGAUGCGUACGGAAUAGAGAGGGGGAGGUAGAGAAGGUGGAGGGAGGUUGAGCAGGGAUGGAUGGAGGUCAGGGUGGACAUUGUGUCCACGUCACGUGUUGCCCUUCACCGGCUCGCGCUGGGCGGCCCCUCGCGCACAUCCUGGGGCUCCCAACCCAUCACAGGUGCACAUUUCAAAUGUAUUUCGAGGUGCACGAUAAGUACAACACAACACACCGUUGGUUAUGAUU